CACAGUCGAUUUAAAUUUGAAUAUUCGACGCAAUAUCAUGAGUUUGACACAGCUUUGAGCGGGGUUUUGUGAGUCAGAAGUGAAAGUAUUUACAAUUUACCCCCCCGGACAUGCAUCUCCACUUUAUUAUCCUCGCUGUCUUUUUGUGUGGUUUGGUAGACUCGCGGAAAAUACGAGGAAUAUCUUCGUCCUAUAAGCGCUUCUACAAGGAGAAGAAAUUGUUUCUGUGCAUCGAUGGCUCCAAAAUGAUCCCAUUUGAGCAAGUGAAUGAUGACUACUGCGACUGUGAAGAUGGCUCAGAUGAACCAGGAACCUCAGCCUGUCCUCGUGGCCGAUUCUACUGCACCAACCUGGGUUUCCGCCCACACUACAUCCCCUCAUCAAGAGUCAAUGAUGGCAUCUGUGAUUGCUGCGAUGCUUCAGACGAAUACAACAGCCACGCUCGCUGCCAGAACACUUGCUGGAAUCUGGGACAGCAAGAGAGAGCGUACGUGGAGGGCCAGAUGAGGACCUUGGACGAGGGUUUGCAGCUCAAGCAGCAGCUGAUUGAGGAGGGGGUGCUGCUCUGGAGGGAGAAACAGGCUCAGCUCAGAGAGCUCCAGCAGGUAGCGGAGGACCUUCAAAUCAAACUAGAGGAGCACCGGAGGAGGAAACACGAAGCAGACAGACUCAAAGAGCAAACACUGAAGGCGCUGGAAGCAGGCAACAGCAGUUUCAGACGUCAGAACAGCACCGUGAGCAGCAUUUUCAAGUUACUGGACAGCAAUAGAGAUGGAAGUAUCACUGUGGAUGAAGUUCAGGCUAAAGUGACACUGGUCCAUGAUGAGGAGCGGACUCUCUCAGAGGAUGAAGCUCUGGCUUUGUUGGGGGGAGGCCAUCGGAUGGAUCUCACUAAGUUUCAGCACACGCUCUGGGAUGUCCUCACAAGGGGAGACAGUGUCAAGAUCAAAGACGCACACAGUGCAGCUGGCAGUCUGGUGGGGGAAGAUCCACAUUUACAGGCAGCUGACAGAGCUGCGGAGUGGGAGGCGACCAAUCUGAAAAAGGUAGAAGAAGCCUACGAGACAGUCAACACAGAAAUAAGUGAUCUCCAGAAGUUGCUGGCCAUAGACUACGGACCAGACUGGGAGUUCCUGUUUUUGAACAGUCAGUGUUACAAGCUUAAAGUAUACGAGUACACUUACACUCUGUGCCCGUUCAAUCAAGUCACACAGAAGAGCACUGCAGGAACAGAGGUUGCAUUAGGGAAGUGGGGGAUGUGGGCAGGAAGUCCAAAGGACCAGUACAGUCAGAUGGUGUAUGAGAAUGGAGAACCGUGCUGGCAGGGAGGCUCACGCAGCACUACAGUCACUCUGACAUGUGGAACAGAGACAGCCUUGCGAUCGGUGAAGGAGCCAAGCAAAUGCCAGUACAUCAUGGACUUCCAGACUCCUGUGGCCUGUCAGCCGGUGCUAAAGCAGCGGGGCAUACACAGUGAACUGUGACCCCUUCUCUCUCUGGCCUAGCCUACAUUAACCUAGCUACUGAGCUAGCCUGGCUGGAGUCCUAAGGGUCUUCUCUGACAUCUGUGUUGUCACUAUACAAUAUAUUUCCAAGCUAGUUUUGCUAAAACAAUUCAGAUUCCCUGUUUCUGUACAGUUUUAGUUACCAUUAAGUGCUUCAGUAUUGCCUUACAGUGUUACAUAUUCAUAUUUCAAUAGAGCAUUUGUUGAAUGAUUUCAUGUAUACCUCACACUAUAUAUAUUUCUUGUGAGUAUGGAAAUGAUUUAAAUAAAAGACUGAA